UGUGGGCAUCUCUCCCACCGGCCAGAGAGAGAAACAGACGACACACAGACAGUCAUACCAGACCCUCACCAUGAAGCACUGUGUGCUGUUGUCGCUGUUGUUGGCGUUGGGGUGCAUGCACGUCCGUGGAGCACCGGUGGAGCCGGAGGUAUUCACGGAGCUGUCAUGUGAAGACGCGCAAGCGAAGGGAGCUGCAGGACUCGCUCUCACCAAGAUCAACGCUGACCGGAAGGAGGGCUACAGCUUCGCUCUGCACCGCCUGUUCAGCGCCCACAUGAUCACACAUGGAAAGACCGGCGUGGUUUUCUACCUGACUCUGAAUGUUGUGGAGACUAACUGCAGCGUUCUGCACAAAGGAAAGGACUGUGAGGCUCGUCCCACCCAUGACACGCCGGUAUAUGGACAGUGCAAAGCUGCCAUCUACAUCGACAAGCCACAGAGAGUGGUGCGUCUCUACAAAUACGACUGCACAAUCAGACCAAUUCCUUCAGCUAAGCUCAUUGAGAUCUGUCCCGACUGCCCAUCUCCUACCUCCAAGGACGGCAGUGAGGUUCAGAAGACUGUGUCCCUCUCACUGGAGAAGUUCAACAAUGAGAGCGGGUUGGCUAAGCGUUUUGCUCUGGACAAAGUUACCCGCGCUCGUUCCGGGAUGGCCAUGAGGAUGUAUUACAAUGCAGAGUUCACUAUCCAGGAGACCACUUGCAAGAGCUCAGAGGCAGCUAAAGAUUGCCCCCUCAUGACGUGCGAGUUCGCUCACAAGGGCUUCUGUAAGGGAUCUCUCUUCUACACUCCCACUGGUGAUGCUGACGUCCAAGUAGAAUGUGAGAUCUUUGAGCCGGAGGCUUCUGAAAGAGAGAAGAAACUGCACCUGCUGGGCGGAGAGACUGACCACAGCCACAAUGACACACACGCACACAGCGACGCCCACGACCACGUCCACGCCGUCGAUGACGCACACACACACGACCACGUGCACGACCACACCAAGAGCCACGAUCAUCACGACAAAACCCAGAAGCACGCCGACGGCAGCGAACACCAUCACACGCACGACCAUGGGGACCACAGGCACGCUCACGCCCACUCCCACGACCACGGCCACGGCCACGACCACGUGCACACGCAUCACGCCAAGGCACACAACCACACCGACGACUUCCCCCACCAGCACCACGACUACAAGCACACCGACGGCACACACACCCACGACCACGACCACGAGCACGCCCUAGAUCACGACCACAAGCACCCUCACCUGCACGAGCACGAGCACCACCAUCAUCACCACGAGCACGAGCACGAGACCGAACCACAUGACCACCCAGAGGGCGUGGUGCACGUGCUGGUCCCCAUGGACCAGCCCGUGACCCUGCCCGCCAAACCUCUCUUCCCACCUGGAAUCAUCCUGCCCGCCAAGCCAGACCCCCAGAUCCCCGAACAGGUGGAACCCACCAUCCAUGGCUUCCCUAAAUCAGGCUCCAGCCUGUGUGUAGCUCCAGCUGCAGGACCAAGCAUAGUGGAGAAACUCUUCGCUGAGGACCCCCUGUUCAAACCAGCUGCGUAAGGCGACCCGAGGAACCCACGAGGAUCCUCAGAAAUACACACAGACUGAGGCGAAGACGGAAAAACUAAUUUUCUUGACUGCUUCUCUGGGACAGUUUUGUCAACGUGAUGAUUUAAUAUAAGCAAAUUACAUUUCUUGCAUCUCUUCACGUCUCUAAUCACGACAGAGUGCAUAAAAAAAACACCACAUUAACAUUAAAACACUAUUUUUCCCCAUUUAGGUGGGGGAAAAAAUACACCUUUUACAAUCCUCAGAGCCAUCACAAAUGUAGAAACUGAUCACUAGGUGGCCACAUUCACCUAAAGGAGCAUUUUUACCAGUAUAGGUCUCAAUGAGUCACUGUUCAAUCAAACAUGACAGUUUUCUAUGUUUGUUUGUUAUCUGUGUUUGGCUGCUCACAAACAAUAAAUGAUACCACAAAUA